AUGGGUAGAGGUAGAGGAAAGGAUAAAAAGUUAAGUGUUGUCAAUGACGAGGAUCCUGUAAGUGGUGAGGAUGAAAAAGUUCCUAUGCAAAGAAGAAGAGGGAGGCCACAAAAACUGCUUAAGGUUAAGGAUGACUUUGAUGAAGAACAAGUGAGAAAAUUAGAAGAUCAUGAUGAUAGUGGUGAUAACGUUAAGAAUGGCAUAUAUAGUGAAGAGAUAAAAUUGAAAAGUGUCAACACUACAAGACACGGAAGAAAAAGAAAACGAAAUUUACAUGAGAAAAUAGAAUCGAUAGAGGAGAAAAAUGGUGUUGCAAAUGGAUCAAAGUCAAACAAUGAUGACUUGACGAAGUCUAAUAAUGGGUUUCGGCAUAAUGGAAAUAGGCGUAAAAGCAAACCUCGUGGAGCUGCUGAAGCUGGUGUUCUGUGCAAGCAAGACUAUGCUGUUUCAUAG